CACGCGGAGCUUCUCUCUUUAACGUGAAUAAAGCAUCUUUCAGAGUUUCCAAGAAUUUUUAAGAAAGUCUUUAUCCUUUUGUGUUCCUUUCUUUCCUCUUUUCCUCUGUUCACCUUCUCGCCCAACGGUAUGUUGUUUCUCAAGUCAAUACCUAAAGAUUAUUACAUUAUAAACUUCUGUUUUUGUGGAUUAAAAGAUCUUGACUUGGGUUUAGGUGUUUCAGUAUCAUCGGUUUGGCAACACAAACACAACCACUGCUACAUUUUUCAGUCGUAAUCUGAACCACUACAGUGCUAUACAGUGGAUAUAGCCAUGGCAGCCCACGGAGUCUCAUCUUCAUCAUGCUCCUCAAAACUCUGGAAGUACGACGUGUUCUUGAGCUUUAGAGGCGAAGACACACGUAAGGGCUUCACGGGCCAUCUCCAUCAAGCAUUGGAAGGAAAGUGCUACAAGACCUUUAUUGAUGAGGACGAUCUGAAAAGAGGGGAAGAAAUAAAGCCCGAACUGUUGCGAGCCAUCGAAGAGUCAAGGAUCUCUAUGAUUGUCUUCUCAAAGAGGUACGCGGAUUCGAGUUGGUGUCUCGACGAGUUGGUGAAGAUCAUGGAGUGCAGAUCCAAACUGAAGCAACAUGUUUUGCCAAUAUUCUAUGAUGUUGAAGCUUCAGACAUCAGGAAGCAGGAAGGUAGUUUAGCCCCAAUGUUUCAGAAGCACGAAGACAACAUCUGUAAAGAAGAAGAUGACAAAAAACGGGAAGCCAAGAGAGAAAGGGUAAAGCAAUGGAGAGAGGCUCUUACUGAAGCUGCAAACUUGUCUGGCCACGAUCUUAAAAACACUGAGAACGGGCAUGAAGCAAAGCUUAUUAAGAAAAUUAUUUAUGAGAAUCUUUGGAAAUGGCUCCCCAGAACAAAAAAAUUACAUGUGGCCAAGUUCCCAGUUGGAAUCAAUUCUCGUGUUCAAGAAAUUAUCACUUAUCUUUCAAGUGGUGAAGGAAAUAAGGUUCUCAUGGUUGGAAUUUGGGGGAUGGGUGGAUUGGGUAAAACAACAGCUGCCAAAGCCAUUUAUAACCAAAUUCAUCAUGAGUUUGAACUCAAAAGUUUCCUUGCCGACGUUAGCGACGCUACAAGUAAACAUGGCCUGGUUCAUUUGCAAAAAACACUUAGUUUUGACAUCAUGGAUCAAGAGAUUAAAAUAAGCACUGUUGAUGAAGGUAUCUCUUGGAUAGAAGAGCAAUUUUCACAUAGAAAGGUACUUGUCAUUAUGGACAACAUAGAUGGAGAGGAACAACUCAAUGCAAUAGCUGGAAAUCACAAGUGGUUUGGUCCAGGAAGUAGAAUUAUCAUAACGACACGAGAUAAACAUCUACUACUAAAAGUGGACAAAGUAUAUCAGGCUCAGAUAUUGAAUAAAGGAGAAGCUCUAGAACUGUUUAGUUGGCAUGCAUUUGGAAAUAGUUGCCCUAAUGAAGAAUAUCUUGAAGUCUCAAAAAAGGUUGUUUCUUAUUGUGGAAGUUUGCCACUAGCCCUUGAAGUUUUAGGUUCUUUUUUGUGUGAAAGACCCCAAAAAGUGUGGAAUGGUCAAUUGGAGAAAUUAGAAAGAACUCCUGAUGGAAAAAUAAUAAAACCACUAAGAAUGAGCUUUGACGGGCUAGAUGAUACGGAGAAGGUUACAUUUCUUAACAUAUCUUGUUUCUUUAUUGGAGAGGAAGAGGACCGUGUUGCAAAAUUGUUAGAUGUAUGUGGAUUUUCAGCAACAGUAGGAAUCAACGUCCUCUGUGAACGAUGCCUUAUAACUGUUGAAGGCAACAAGUUGAAUAUGCAUGAUUUGCUUCGAGAAAUGGCCAGAGUAAUCAUUUCUGAAAAAUCUCCUAGUGACCUUGGAAAAUGGAGCAAGUUAUGGAAUCGUGAAGAUGUAUUGACAUAUAAAUUUAUAAGUACACUCCCAAUAAAAUUUUGGAUUUUUGCAUCGUACAAGAAAAAGCAUAUGUCUAUUAUACUUUAA